AUGGCAUCACCCCACCUCACCUGGGCCCUCCUCUCCCCGCUUAUCCUCCUCCUCCUCACUGUAGUCUUCGCCCCGCAGCUGCAGGCGCUCACUUCGUACUUGGAGACGUCACCCCGCACCCCCCUCUCGAUCACAGCCACCAGGCAGCUCGACUGCGGAGACGGCGCACAUGACGUGAUCUCCGGCUGGGUCCACCUGCCCACAGGGGACAUGUUCUGGUCCCUGUUCCAGGCGCGGCGCGCGGCGCCGGGCUUGGUCGUGCACUUCCAAGGCGGGCCCGGUAUGAGCGCGUUUGACCACGCCUUCCUCGGUGCUGGCCCUUGCCAGCUCACGAAGGGCGCCAAUGCCACCCUCGCGGCGCUCACACCGGCCCCGUACCCAUGGACCGCGCACGCCUCGCUCCUCGUUGUCGACUAUCCGGUCGGCACAGGAUUCUCGUCGUACGCAGACCCGCGCCACCCAAGGAUCGCACCCAACACCUCGGCUGCAGCCGCACAAGACUUUGACUCCUUCCUGCAGACAUUCCUGACCGAGUUCUCAAACUACGCCACCCAGCCGCUCGUGCUCCAUUCUGUGUCUUACGGCGGGACAUAUGUGCCUCACAUCGCGUCAGUGGUGAACAAUAAGAAUGAGGAACGUUCUCCUGGCCGAAUUGCCAAGAACAUUGACGCCAUCGUCCUAGGUAACCCCCUCGGAGAUAUGGUCGCGGAAAUGACAUGGCAGUACACCACCAUGUGUGUCGACGAGCCCCGUAUCUGGGGGGAGUACAGGUGUGGCGAUCUCCUCGAGAAGUUGCCUGCGUGCCAGGACGCGCUCGCCCUCGCUAUCGAGGACAACACGACCGCGAACCGCCUCAACGCGCGGGAGAAGUACGACCCGUUCGACGAAGACGGGUUCAAGCUCGCCCUGCGCAACCGGUAUGACCGGCGCGAGGAGCAUUGCGUCCCAAUCCACAAGUGCUUCUGGUGGUUCGAGCCACUGCAGAGUCUUAUGAACACCGAGCCACUGAGGCGUCUUCUCGGCGCGCCACCAACAGACGUCUUCCAGUGGCCGAUCAUCGGACCCGCCUCAGUGAACUUCUACAACGAGGCAGACCACUACCAGUCUGCCUAUCGCCUCCUCACGCCCGCGCUGGAAGCCGGGACCCGCCUCUUCGUCUACUCGGGCAAAGACGACACGAUCUGCGGGUGGCGGAGUACGCUGUCAUGGAUGCGCCGCCUCGACUCGCCACACCGCGCAGCGUUCAACAACGCGUCGUUCGUGCCCCUUCUCGGCGGCCUCGCGGCGGGCGAUGUGAUCGGUGCCGGGACUGACUUCACACUCCUCCGGGUCGAUGACGCCGGCCAUCUCGUCGAGUUUGACCAACCCGCCCUUGUGCAAGCCAUCAUCGCCGCCGCGGUCAAGGGCCGCAACUAUAACCCGCUCGUGACGGCCCCAGAGCCAGAGCACGACCCGUGGUGGUUCACCCAGUGGUGGUGGGCCGCGCACUUCCUGCAACCAGUCCGCUAA